UACCACCGGCGGCAAAAAAGGGGACACACGCAGCACUGAGGAGGAACUGAGAAUGAAUGGCCGAGUUCAAACAAAGUGUGCGUGAGUUUCUGUUGGGAAAGCAUCAAGAUCUGCGGCAAACUGUGCAGGAUUGCCUUCAUCUCCAAAAUCCGGGUUGCAGCCGGUUUUUCACCUUAAUCUAUCAACUAAACGUAUGGACUUAUGGAAGUUGCCACCUCUGUAUCUCAUGAAUUUGUGACCACUGCAAAAUAAAAGAGGGAAAAGAAAGAAAGCAACUGUCUGAUUGAUGAGUGGAGUCCUGCUCAAACCCUGGGUAGAUGAAACAUCCUUUUUCAAGUGGGGAAACUGCACAAACUGUGAGAAAAAUCAUCAAUGAGAAUCACCUGUCAUUGAAAGUGGGAGGACACUUGACACUAUGGGAGAGUGCAAAGAACAGAGAGUGAUUGGCAGGAGGAGGAGAGUCUGAUGGAGGAGCAGAGGAAUGUUGGCAGCCAUUUAGUCUGAGCUCAACAACGGAGGAAACAUGGAUUCUUCACAAAAAAAAUGUAAACACAGCAAUGGAGUGAGAUGUGGGACCUCUGAGGAGGAUAAGGAUGGUUCGGCAACAACAGCAAAAAGAGAUGGAUCACUGAGUUGUGAGCAAUGUGGCAAGACUUUUAUCACAGCAACAAAGCUAAGAAUUCACAAAUGUAUUCACACUGUGGAGAAACCAUUCAGCUGUGAUCAGUGUGGAAAGGCUUUUACUAAAAAGAGUGACUUAAAAAGACAUCAACUCAUUCACAGUGGAGUUAAACCAUUCAGCUGUGAUCAGUGUGGAAAGGCUUUUACUCUCAAGAGUACGUUAAAAAGACAUCAACUCAUGCACAGUGGAGUUAAACCAUUCAGCUGUGAUCAGUGUGGAAAGACUUUUAAUGACAAGGGUCACUUAAAAAGCCAUCAACUCAUUCACAGUGGAGUUAAACCAUUCAGCUGUGAUCAGUGUGGAAAGGCUUUUACUCAGAAGAGUAUGUUAAAAAGACAUCAACUCAUGCACAGUGGCGUUAAACCAUUUAAAUGUGAUCAGUGUGGAAAGGCUUUUACUCAGAAGCCUAUGUUAAAAAGACAUCAACUCAUGCACAGUGGAGUUAAACCAUUCAACUGCGAUCAGUGUGUUAAAACCUUUACUCAGCAUGAACAGUUGUUGAUCCAUCAAUGCCCCCAUUCUGGUAGAAAGCGGUACCACUGUGACUCCUGUGAAAAAACUUUCAACAACCAACAGAGAUUAAAACGUCACCAACGCAUCCACACUGGACAUGAUGUGUGGAUAUGUGAUCACUGUGGUGAACCAUUUGUACAGUACUCGCAGUUAAAAGCUCAUGAAGUGACCCACACUGGGGUUAAACCAUACAUUUGUGACCAGUGUGGGAAACGCUACAGCUACAUUGCAAACCUCAAAGUUCACCAACGUGUCCACACUGGGGAGAGAUCGUACAGAUGUGACGAGUGUAAGAAGACUUUUACAACUUUGGGUUCCCUGAAACAACACCAGCAGAUCCACACCAGAAAGAAAGCAUUCAAUCAGUGUCACAGUGAGGUAUGUAAAGACUGGUCUCAGUCACAGUGUACACACAAUUAUGUAUUGGAUCAUUUUGGAUAUUGCUGCAAAAUUGUUUCAAAACAGUUUUGAACGACUGUGGUCAGUUGAAUUCUGGGGGGGGGGGGCACACUAGCGUCUAACCGACUAGUAAAAUACUAAACGUUUCAUAAAUGAGUAGGCGGUUAAACGAUUAAACGACUAUCGCGCACAUCCCUAAUGUAAACCAAAAAAAUGUACAUU